UGCUUCCAACAUGUGCAUCCCUCCCCAAGUGUCCCAGUCCCGGGCGUGUGUGGACCCAACUACUCAGCGUCUUCAGCGUCUAUUCCCAUGGCCCGGACGCCUACAUGUUCCUGGUUCGGGCCGGGUAAUCACUCAGGGUCCAGUUCGACCUGGCUGAGCUUAAGUCAUACUACUGUUAACGUUAACUAGUGGUGACUUCCCGCACAAGCCCCAUAGGGACAACUUCUCCAUCCGCACGCGAGGGCCACCAUGACGACCAGCCCGGCGCCGAGCAUCGUCUCCAACAAGGCCUGCUUACCCAGUGCAGUGCCAUGACUCACGAAAAAUAUCCGUCGGUUUCUAUGAUUCCAUCUCUCCUAACACGACAAUAACAACAACACUACCCCCACCAUUCUUUUUUCCGCCCUUAACGAACGCAACCCACCCGCAAUUCAACCCCGCCAGCUAGCUCAAGCAAAGACAACGUGAGCGACCACCCACCAUGGCGCACCCCGAAAACCAAGUCGACGACGACGUCGCCUCUACUAGCGAGAUCGAGAUCUCCCCCUUCCGAGUCAGUCGAGAGCUCUCGGCUUCCCUCCUCGCGCGAUGUCGAUCCCUCCUCGCCGAGAUUAGCUCGUUCCAGUCCCUUUUGGUGGAAACACAACGUAACCCCCAGAUUGUGGAGGUGCGGUCGCUGAAGUCGAAUGUGCUUUCGGAGUUGCGCACGUUGGAAAAAUUAGGCGCGCAAGUGCAGAAAUUGCCUGAGCCGACGAAGGGCGAUGGCGAUGGGGAGGAUAAUAAUAAUGAUACCGAUGCUAAAGCGACUGAUGGUGAUGACUCGGCGGCGAGAAGACUGGUUCAUACGUUGAAGUCUUCGAAUUUGCCGUUUUAUGAGGCUGUUUGGGCCAUUGCGAAGAAUACGUGUCGCGGGUUGGUUGCUUUUGGGAAGAGGUUUUAUUGGGGGGAUGAUACUGGUGAUAAUGGGGUUUUAGAGAAAAAGUCCGGGAGGGAUAAGAAGAAGAGUGUGUUUGUGGAUAUUAUUGCUGAUGAUGGGGAGGAGUGGGUGAAGGUGUCUACGGUUGCGGAGUCGAGGUUGUUGUUUGAGAUGGCGGAGAAGGGGUGGGAGGCUGAUUCUGAGAGUGAGGAUGGGGAGGCUCGGACGGUUCUACGGAAUCAUGAUGGGGAUAAUGGUCAUGUGGAGGAUGAUGAGGAUGAGGAUGAGAUUGAGCUGGUGAAGCUGGCUAAAGAUUUGAGGACCGCGGCCAAUGCUACGAGAGUCAGGUAUAGACACCCUCGGCUGCGGUUUGUGGCGCCGAGGAUUCGCGAGGGAAGCUGUGCGGAGAUUGAUGAUCUUUUGAAGAUUAUUAGAGGCUAUGGGAUUAAAGUUGAUUGUGGUGACAAGGCAUAUGCUGUGACUGGCACACAGGAGGGCUUGUCCCACCUCCUUCCGAAGCCGUUCAAACACUUCACUUCCACUGUUAAUGUGGACUGUACAUUGAUGCUUGCCGCGGUCUCGGAUCUCUCGCAUUACAAACACAUCACCCAGUCUCCGCAGCAUCAUAAAGCUAUCAACCGACAGAUCGCCGUUGAGCAUGAGCGACCUCUGUUGCCCACGGAGCUGUGGCCGGCGAUGGAUGCUUAUGAAUUAGUAUGUGUUGAGGAGGCUGCAACACGGAUGAAAGAAAUCGUCAAUAUCAUCGGUACCGACACUGAAAGGUCGCGCAUGGAGAUUCUGCUCGGCGAGCCCCCUUACGAUACAUAUAGCCGAGAUGAUCUCAUCAAGAAAUAUCAGGAGCUGUCCGAUUAUGAGAUACCGGCACACUGGAAGAUUCCUGUCAAGACGGUCGAAGCGAAGUCGGUGAUUGCAUCUGCGAGAGAUACUGCAAAAUUGCCGCCCGUCUAUCAGAAGGUGGCAGAGAACCUCUCCGAUAUCAACUAUAGCGUGUUUCUGUACGGAUGGGCAGCGGGACUGGCGACGAUCUCCAGCAAUCGGACCGUGGUCAAGGAGAUUGAGUCCAUUAUCGAGAAGCACAGGGAUGGAGAUGACAGCUUGGAGGGACCUCUUAUCUGGGUGUGUGAUACUGCCAGGAGCUUGAUAGGCAAAGAAAAGAAUCGAAAGAACUAGACCAACUAGUUCGAAGACUAACGAUAGAUCGGACGACGACUAGAAUGAUCGAGCAUUCAGAGUCGUCUACAUCAGACAGCAUUUCUUUCCAAUUCUUGCAAUUAGUGGUGUUUAGACCAGCAGAGCUCAUAGCUGUUGUCGGGGUCGUCUCAGCAGCUGAUGGGGACAUGGUGGCUCGCUACUUUUCAGAAGAUCUGGAAGGGUCCUCUGGAAGCCAGAAAACAGUCUCUUUGUCGGCAGACGCAAUCAUGUUGUACCUCGGAUUGUAUUCAACGAUGGCAGUCCGUCCGCGAUGUGAUAGUCUAGUCAUUGGCUGCAAUAGACCGUUUGGCUCUGGAGGAGAUUGUUGUAGAUCCCACACUAGCAUAUCGGAAUGAUCUCCCGAACCACCAACCACGUAUCGCCCGUCGGGUGAGAAGCACGCAUCUCCCUG